AUGAUAUGCUGCUUCCAGAAAAAAGACGAACAAACUAAAAUUAUUGAGAAAGAGUUACACAGGGAGAGAAAGAUUUUAAGGCGGCAGAUCAAAUUGCUGCUACUGGGUUCCGGAGAAUCUGGAAAAUCGACAUUUGUCAAACAGAUGCAUAUAAUCCAUGGUGCUGGAGAGUUUACUGCCGAUGAAGUCCGAUCUUAUAGGCAGCAAAUCUACCAGAAUGCUAUAUCGGCUAUGCGAGUUUUAUUAGAUGCACGAAGCAAACUUGGAAUUGAAUGGGAAGAUCCAAGUAGAGCCGCAGGAGCCGAGAGUAUUAUGAAAUUCACUGUUGCUGACCUUCUCAAAGGAAUCGACUUUACAACAUUUGUCGAAGUCGCUCCAAUUAUAAAAGAUUUUUGGGACGACGCGGGAAUUCGAAAAACCUAUGAAAAACGCAAUUUAUUUCAAAUCAGCGAUUCGUGCCAAUAUUUUUUCGAUCAUAUUACGCGGAUAGCAAUGCCAGAUUUCUAUCCAACGAAUCGCGAUAUUUUGUUUUGUCGUAAAGCGACAAGAGGCAUUUCUGAGCAUACAUUCGAGAUUAACAAAAUCCCUUUCCGGUUCAUUGAUGUCGGGGGUCAAAGGUCGCAAAGACAAAAAUGGUUCCAGUGCUUUACUGACAUUACCAGUAUCCUGUUCAUGGUGGCGAGCAACGAAUAUGAUCAAGUAAUUCUGGAGGACAGAAGGACUAAUCGUGUUGUAGAGUCGCGAUCAGUUUUUGAAACAAUUGUGAACAACAAAGCUUUCAACAAUGUUUCAAUUAUCCUUUUCCUCAACAAGUGUGACCUAUUGGAAAAAAAGGUGCCAAAAUCCGAUAUUCGGCAAUAUUUCACAGAUUUCACCGGCGAUCAUCUAUCAGUUCGAGAUGUUCAAUUUUUCCUUGUCGACAAAUUCGAAGCAUCUCGGAAAGAUCGCGCGCGGCCAUUUUUCUAUCAUUUCACGACGGCUGUCGACACUGAAAAUAUUCGUCGUGUAUUCCAUGAUGUUCGCGAAAGCAUUUUGGAGCAGAACUUGAAAACCCUGAUGAUGCAUUAG